UAGUGUUUGAGGCGGAGACAAUUCAGUUCUUACAAGCAGGAAGAAAAAUUGAACUUUUAUGUGAGUAACAAUACUCUCCAGACCAACAUGGUGCGGCUGGGCGUGUGGAUAUUAGUAAUUCUCUCCCUGCUGUACAGCUGGGGGGCGGAGGCCUGUCCUGACAAGUGUAAAUGUGAACCUUCGAAUUCCUGUACUGGGACUUAUGUAAACUGUGUCAACAGAGGACUGACCAGAGUACCGACCAACAUCCCCAAUGACACCUGUUGGCUCGAUCUUGAAAGAAAUCAACUAACAACGUUGGAGAAGGGAGCGUUUGAAGGAUUGGGAAAUUUACAGGAACUAUACCUAUACAGCAAUAAACUAACAACGUUACAGAAAGGAUUGUUUGAGGGAUUGACGAAAUUAACGAAACUAUCUGUGUCCCGCAAUCAACUAACAACGUUGGAGAAGGGAGCGUUUGAAGGAUUGGGAAAUCUAGAGUCUCUAUACCUAUACAGCAAUAAACUAACAACGUUACAGAAAGGAUUGUUUGAGGGAUUGACGAAAUUAACGAAACUAUAUGUGUCCCUCAAUCAACUAACAACGUUGGAGAAGGGAGCGUUUGAAGGAUUGGGAAAUCUAGAGUCUCUAUCUGUGUCCAGCAAUCAACUAACAACGUUGGAGAAGGGAGCGUUUGAAGGAUUGGGAAAUCUAGAGUCUCUACACCUAUACAGCAAUAAACUAACAACGUUACAGAAAGGAUUGUUUGAGGGAUUGACGAAAUUAACGGAACUCAAUCUUCGAAGCAAUCAACUAACAACGUUGGAGAAGGGAGCGUUUGAAGGAUUGGGAAAUUUACAGUAUCUAUACCUAUACAGCAAUAAACUAACAACGUUACAGAAAGGAUUGUUUGAGGGAUUGACGAAAUUAACGACACUCGAUCUUCGAUUCAAUCAACUAACAACGUUGGAGAAGGGAGCGUUUGAAGGAUUGGGAAAUUUACAGUAUCUCGAUCUUGAAGGAAAUCAACUAACAACGUUGGAGAAGGGAGCGUUUGAAGGAUUGGGAAAUUUACAGGAACUACGGCUUGACUACAAUCAACUAACAACGUUGGAGAAAGGCGCAUUUGAAGGAUUGGGAAAUUUACAGUAUCUAUACCUAGAAGGCAAUAAACUAACAACGUUACAGAAAGGAUUGUUUGAGGGAUUGACGAAAUUAACGGAACUAUUCCUAUACAACAAUAAACUAACAACGUUACAGAAAGGAUUGUUUGAGGGAUUGACGAAAUUAACGACACUAUACCUAUACAACAAUAAACUAACAACGUUACAGAAAGGAUUGUUUGAGGGAUUGACGAAAUUAACGAAACUCGAUCUUGAAAGAAAUCAACUAACAACGUUGGAGAAGGGAGCGUUUGAAGGAUUGGGAAAUUUACAGGAACUAUACCUAGAACGCAAUAAACUAACAACGUUACAGAAAGGAUUGUUUGAGGGAUUGACGAAAUUAACGACACUAUUCCUAUACAACAAUAAACUAACAACGUUACAGAAAGGAUUGUUUGAGGGAUUGACGAAAUUAACGACACUAUACCUAUACAACAAUAAACUAACAACGUUACAGAAAGGAUUGUUUGAGGGAUUGACGAAAUUAACGAAACUUGCGAUUGAGGGAAACCCUCUACACUGCAAUUGCCAGAUGGUUGAGUUUGUCAGUUUUGCCACCACAAAGAGUUUGACGUUGAGCUAUUGGAAAACAGACCCCAGAUGUGGAAGCCCGGGUAAUCUGACCGGAAUACUACUAAAGAACUUACCCCUUCAAGGAAUGGAUUGUCCUCCAGUCAAUACAGAUACCCCCGGGUCUACAGACAGUGGUGUGAUCUCUACAGCAGUUUUGUUUGCUGGUACUACAAAUUCAGACUCCACCAUCAUGACUACCGCCACAGAUCCCGCUACAGACUCCCUGACUACCGCCACAGAACCCGCUACAGACUCCCUAACUAUCGUCACAGAUCCCGCGACAGAGUCCAGUACUACUGCUCGAGACCUUGGUAAAGUAUUCACAGAAGCGGCACAUUUUCAUCAGUAUUUAACAUAAUAGCUACAUCCCAUCUAUUUCAUCAUUUUCGUUUCCGUCUAUCAAAUAUGACGGAAUGCAUUUAGGAAAUUAGGUGAAAUCUAUCCACCAAAUCAAAAGAAUCCGUCUAAAAAUAGAAAGUACGUAAUCUGUCUAAACAUCAGGUGAAAUUUGUCUUACACAUUGGGUGAAAUUCGUACAAGUAUCCGUCUGGCAAAUCAGGCAGACUCCAUCGAACAAAUAAGGAAGAAAUCUAAAAAUAUAAAAGUAAUCUCUCAAAUAAAUAGGGUUUUGUAAGUACCUUGAACAAAUGCGACAGAAAGAAAAUUUCUAACAAUAGUAUAAUGAAUGUUUAUGUACAAGGUAUUUUUUGAUUGUGCGUGCGCGUAAUUUUGUGUCUGGUGAAAAAAGGAAGGAUCGACGAGUUGCAUUUGUUGUCUACUGAACUGGUACCACACGUGUUACACAACACAACCGUUGAUUGAGGUAAGUAUGUAUUCAAUUAUUCUCUAUAAUACUGUACUUUGACCAAUUAUGAAAUUGAAAAAAAAGGAAGAUGGAAUCGGUUCCGAGAAAGAAAAAGACACUCAUUACAUAGAUGCACAGUGUAUAAGGUCUGUGCCUUAAUGUUUACAUAAAACGUUUGUCAAUUCAUUCAAGAUUCCCAUGGAAUGUUUGUGAUUGAUUUCAGUAAAACUUUCUCCCAUGCUGCUCACAUGUUUUUGAUUACAUAUAAUGUUUUACUAGUCACAGAAGGAGCAAUAUCAGCCAAUGGUUCUCCGCUUGCUGGACUUGGACAAGCCUUUUUAGUCAUUUCACGAAUCAAUUGGUAUCGGCUUCUGCUGGGAGGACGGUGGGGUCAGUCUGUGAUGGACUGUUGCCUCACCCGGGCGAGAGGUUGACUAUCAUCCGAUUAACACUUCAGAAACCGGAAUAACAGAUACUUUUCCCAAGCCUUCAUGGGUAAAGAAGGUUUUAUAUCUAUCCAUACUUAAUUACCUUUCAGAAUUCUUUCUUAUAGUAUUCGUUGAUUCAAAGUUGCCAUCAAUCCAUCUGUGGGCCCGGAUGACAAAAGGAUUAUGCUAAAUGCACCACUGUUGUAUAUCCGUAAGAGGCAGCCCCUUCGGAUGUUUGUAAAGGGCACCUGAAUUGAGGAGCAGAAUUCAAUCAAUAAUUUUAAACGAAGUCAUAAGCGAAUGAAAGUGAAAUUCAAAUUUCUAAAAUUGAACCAGCUGUGUCCCUUUUAUCAUACUGUUGUCGGUGAUGGAGGUUUUCCAUAACGACCAGAACGUGUACUCGUGUCAGCUGAUACUUUUCCCAUAUGACGAACACUCACGUGUAACCAUAUCAUGGUACCAGUUCAGCCCUCGUCCCUCGGAUCAUGUGGUGGUCUAUGCAGCACCUUCAAUGCUGGUGGCGAACUGAUUAUAGUCAACAUGAAGCGACAUUAGAGAACAAAGACAUUUAUGCGGACUCUCUUUGACAUCUACAGUGUAUCCAGGAUCGAGUUUUGGAACAAUGACGUUUAACAGUUUGCCAUGCAUGGUGAUAUACCGUCUCCAAAAUGCUUAUCACGAACCAUAUGUCAAGAAAUAAAUCAGAAUAUUGGAAAUGCGCGUCCGAUAUCAGGCGGUGAACCGGACUUCAAUGUCAGAAGAAAAACCACUUCCUGUCCUAGUCAAAGAAUCAGUGAUCAACUGAUGACAAACCGUCUACCUAAACUACAGGCAAUCUCACAAAACUCUCGAGUUAAGAGCAUAGUUUUAAACCUUGACUUAGUAACUUUCCACUACACAUAAUCUACGACUGUCCGGUUACCAAUGUUUAGUGUGUGAUUUUCUACCGUAUACUCCUACGAUAUCAAAUGUUCAAUACAAGAAUAUAUUUGAAGUGGUCGGUCACAGAGAGUGGAAAACUCACAUACUGGUGUACAUUUUUAAUUUUACAGCCGAAAUAUGAUUACAAUAUCGUCAACCCGACGUACAACACCACAAAACCAAUCAUCAUUAACAAAUGUAACAAUGUUAUACUUGAUAUUGACGCAAACUGCUAUCCUAGUUUAUACUUUAUCAUUUUGAAACAUAUCAAAUGAAAAAAAAAAUGUUUUAUAUAAUGCAA